ACGUUUUGUUUUUCUUUUGAUUUGUCUUUCAGAACUUGGAAGGAUUCGCUCUAAAUUAGUCGACAUGUUGUUGGACGACGAUGUCAUCAAUCUCCUGCGUUACCUUUGGGAGAGGAAUGUGUUGAAUGAAGAGGAGAAGAAGACUGUAGAGGGGAAGACGACCAGUAAAGACAGAGCACAUUGUCUCAUUGAUACUGUGAUGGAGAAAGGGAAGAGAGAAAGUAGCCUGAUGGUGGAUUAUUUGACAGAGAGGCGCCCUGAACUAUGCUCAGCCCUGGGUCUGAACCCAACUUCUGCACUGAUCAAACUUGGUAGGAAUCGCUCUAAAUUAGUCGACCUGUUGUUGAACCAUGAUGUCACCAAUCUCCUGCGUUACCUUUGGGAGAUGAAUGUGUUGAAUGACGAGGAGAAGAAGACUGUAGAGGAGAAGACGACCAGAGAAGACAGAGCACGUUGUCUCAUUGACACGGUGAUGAAGAAAGGGGAUAGAGAAAGUAGCGUGAUGGUUGAUUAUCUGACAGAGAGGCCCCCUGCACUAUGGCCAACCCUGGGUCUGACCCCAACUUCUGCUCUGAUCAAACUUGGAAGCAUUCGCUCUAAAUUAGUCUACACGUUGUCAGACCACAAUGUCAUCAAACUCCUGCGUUGCCUUUGGGGGAUGAAUGUGUUUAAUGACAAGCAGAAGAAGACUGUAGAGGAGAAGACGAACAGAGAAGCCAAAGCACGUUGUCUCAUUUAUACAGUGAUGGGGAAAGGGGCGACAGCAAGUAGCCUGAUGGUUGAUUAUCUGACGGAGAAGCACCCUGAACUAUGCUUAACCCUGGGUCUGACCCCAACUUCUGCUCUGAUCAAACUUGGAAGGAUUCGCUCUAAAUUCGUCGACAUGUUGUCAUACAAUGAUUUCAUCGAUCUCCUGCAUAACCUUAGGAAGUUAAAUGUGUUGAAUGACGAGGAGAAGAAGACUGUAGAGGGGAAGACGACCACUGAAGACAAAGCACGUUGUCUCAUUGAUACGGUGAUGGGGAAAGGAGCGACAGCAAAACUUGGAAGGAUUGGCUCUAAAUUAUUUUGCAUGUUCUCGGACCACGACGUCAUCAAUCUCCUGCAUUACCUGAGGGAGAUGAAUAUGUUGAAUGACGAGGAGGAGAAGACUGUAGAGGGGAAGACAAACAGAGAAGACAAAGCACGUUGUCUCAUUGAUACGGUGAUGGAGAAAGGAGAGAGUGCAAGUAGCCUGAUGGUUGAUUAUCUGACGGAGAGGCACCCUGAACUACGGAUAGGGUUUGGUGGGGAUCCGUCAUUCAGUAGCAGACAGGAGAGUCCUGGUCUGAUGUCCCCGUCUCUGCCCCUCGAAAUGCAUGAAGGCGACAGCGAGCUGGACAGAGACCAUGACACCCGUUCCGCAGGGCAGGAUCUGACCGAUGAUCAGCUCAUGAAGGUGGCCGCAACACUGGGAAAGGAGUGGAAGCAGGCGGCCAUCCUCCUGGGGCUGAAGAAAGAAGAACUGGACGUCAUCAAGGCAAAACAUAGACCUGUGAUUCAUAAUAGACAAAGAAUGUUGAUGUUCUGGAAGCACCAAAGACCACCAGGAGAGGCCACAGCACAGGACAUGCUGAGAGGCCUGGAAAAACUGAAGGACCUACCGGUCGAGACUCGUCGGUUAUUGGAAGGACCUGUACAGAAUCGAUCUAAACCUGUUAAGAAGAAGCCGUCAUGCAGUAGCGCACAGGGGAGCCGUCCUGGUGAGCUGUCCUCGUCUGCUAGUGACGGGACGCUGGACAAAGUCGAUGAAACCCGCUCCUCAGGGCAGGAUAUGUCGGCUGUGCAGCUCCGGGUUGUUGCAAAAACUCUGGGAAAGAGGUGGGAGCGGGCAGCCAUCCACCUGGGGCUGACGGACGAAGAUCUGGACGACAUCAAGAAAGAAGAGAUGGCUGAGUUCAAGCAGAGACGGAAGAUGUUGCUGCUGUGGAAGGACCGAAGACCAGGAAAGGCCACGGCACAGGACCUGCUGAGUGGUCUGGAAGGGCUGAAGGUCCUACCGGUCAAUACUCGUCGGUCAUUGGAAGGACUUGUGCAGAAUCGAUCUAAACCUGUUAAGAAGAAGCUGUCAUUCAGUAGCGCACAGAGGAGCCGUCCUGGACCUGUACAGAAUCGAUCUAAACCUGUUAAGAGGAAGCCGUCAUGCAGUGGCGGACAGGAGAGCCUUCCUGGUGAGCUGUCCUCGUCUGCUAGUGACGGGACGCUGGACAAAGUCGAUGAAACCCGCUCCCCAGGGCAGGAUCUGUCGGCUGUGCAGCUCCGGGUUGUUGCAAAAACUCUGGGACGAAGGUGGGAGCGGGCAGCCCUCCACCUGGGGCUGACGGACGAAGAUCUGGACGACAUCAAGAAAGAAGAGAUGGCUGAGUUCAAGCAGAGACGGAAGAUGUUGCUGCUGUGGAAGGACCGAAGACCAGGAAAGGCCACGGCACAGGACCUGCUGAGUGGUCUGGAAGGGCUGAAGGUCCUACCGGUCAAUACUCGUCGGUUAUUGGAAGUGGAGCUUCAAAGGGUCCGUUGUGAAUUUGUGAAGACAGUUAAAAUCGCAGUUAUCAAAGGUCUCCUGGAUGACCUUUUGGUGCAGAAAGUGUUCAUUACUGAUGUCAAGGACUCUGUGAUGGAGAACGAGAGGAGCACAAAGGACCGAGCACGGUGUCUGAUCGAUAUGGUGAUCGGUAAAGGGGAGAAAGCAAGUCGGAUAAUGAUUGCUAGUAUGAAGAAGAGGGACCCUGACUUAUGCUCCACCCUGGGUCUGAUCCCUUUUCCUGCUGGUUUGGGAAAUGGAGGCCGGAAAAGAAAUGGAAGUAAAUCUGAAGAAGUGGCCAAUAAGAAACCUUGCACGGUAGAUGUGUCAGACCGCAUCACUGAAACCCACUCCACAGGGCCGACUCUGACUGAAAAGGAGCUCAUGAAUGUGGCCAAAACGCUGGGAAAUGAGUGGGAGACGAUUGCCAUCCAUCUGGAAAUAACGACCAAAGCUUUGGAGGAAAUCAAGGCAGAACAUAGAUCUGUGGCCAUGCAGAAGCUGAAGAUGUUGGUGAUGUGGACGCGCCGACGACCACAAGGAAAGGCCACAGCACAGGACCUGCUGAGAGGUUUGGAAGACAUGGAGGACCUACCGGUCGAGACUCGUCUGUCGUUGACAGCCUUGAUUAAGCAGUAG